CAUCUUCCUUUUCGGCUAUAGUCUGCUGCUUUGUGUGUGUGCGUGUGUGUGUGUGUGUGUGUUGCACUGCAUCAUGAAGUCCGAGAGCUGCAUCUGGGGUCUUUGCUUAAUCCUGUCCCUGAGUUUGGGAUGGGCUCGAGGCCAACAACAGCAGACUAACUACACCAGGCCUGUUUUCCACUGCGGAGGGGACCUGGUUGCAGAGUCCGGCUUUGUCGGCAGCGAGGGCUUUCCGAGCUUCUACAAACCCAACAGCAAAUGCAAGUGGCGCAUCACUGUCCCGGAGGGCAAUGUGGUCAUGCUCUCCUUCCGCAUUUUUGACCUCGAGGCUGACUCAAUCUGUCGUUAUGACUAUCUCGAUGUUUACAACGGUCACUCCAACUUGGUUCAAAAGCUGGGUCGGUUUUGUGGGACCUUUCGACCAGGUUCUCUCAUCUCCACUACCAACGCCAUGAUGCUGGAGAUGGGGUCGGACGCAGAGACGCAGGGUAGAGGCUUCGUCGCUUAUUUCAGCGGAGUCAAACCACAUGUAGACGACCAACAAUUCUGUGGUGGAAAGUUAAUCAAGGCCCAGGGAGAAAUAAAAACACCCAACUGGCCAGAAAAGAAAUAUCCACCUGCAACAAGCUGCUCCUGGCUCAUCACUGUGGAGCCUGAUAUGAUUCUUCAGGUGAAGUUUGACAAGUUUGUCCUGGAGGCUGACAGCUACUGUCGCUUCGACUAUGUGGCGUUCUUUAACGGUGGAGAAAAAGACGACUCCCGUCUAAUUGGGAAAUACUGCGGCGAUAGGAUGCCCGAACCUAUUGUUUCCAAUGGCAAUGUGAUGCUGGUCCAGUUUGUGUCCGACCUCAGCGUUACGUCUGAUGGGUUUUUGGCCAGCUAUACCAGCAUCCCACGUGGCUCUCGGACACCGACUGUUGACCACGGACCAGGGCCUCACGUAGAGUCCGGCCCUUCAAAACCAGCAGUCAAACCAAUGGCACCUAAACGUCCCGCUAUCCCCUCUGUCACCACCCAGCCAACCACUACCACAACCAAACAUGUACCCCCUCCUGCCCCAAAGCCCACUGGUAGACCGAAACCAGUUAAGACAACAAGGACCCGUAACCCAGGUACAACAGGCCAGACUCAGGAUAGGAAGGUGGUAACUAGGCCGACGGAGGGAAGGAGACCGGUCCCUCUGAACCCACUGUGUGCCAAGGCCUGUAAGCGAGCCGCAACUAUCAAGCCCAGUUUUUGUGCCAGUGAAUUUGUGAUAACAGGGAAGGUGUCAGCUCUAUCCCCCGGGCCUCGUGGCACCGUUCAUAUCAGCAUCUCCCUCAUCAAGGCCUACAAGGCAGGCCGCCUUACCAUCACUCAGGCUGGAGAGGCCAUGUCAGUCAAACUGGUGUCACAGUGCAAGAAGUGUCCACUGCUUCGCAGAGGUAUGAACUACAUCAUCAUGGGCCAAGUGGAUGAAGAUGGACGUGGUACCCUGGCACCUGGUGCAUUCACGGCCCCAUAUAAAGCACCGCAUCACAAACUGUUAACAAAUAUCAGCAACCAGCCUUGUUAAACUUGCACCAAACUCUACCAAGCCUAGAAAUUCCAGAUGGGCAUGCCAAUCAAUCAGGGGAAUCCAAUAAAAAAAUGUUUGUACCAACCAAAGUCCCAGUGUGAAAUAAGGAUCCAUUAAAGGACUAUAUCACAGUAUAACAACAGUUUAUCCACGGUGCUAAAGGAAGAUAUGCCAUUUUUUAAAAUAAUAAACACACACCUGUUAUCAUGUUUGUAAUUUAUAUAUGAAUAAAGGAUUUAUAACUCUUUGAA